AUGUGCGCUGCUUCCGAAGCCAUCACCACGUGCUUCAACAACUGCCCCAAGGACACGCGCGGCGCGACCUACCGCUCCCAGGUGACCGUCAACUGCCAGAACGCCUCCCUCUACGGCACCGCCGCCCGUCACGCCGCCACCGCCACGGACAAGACCACGACGGCUACCCGCACCCCGUCCGCUACCACCGCCGACGCGACCGACAGCCCGACCACGACCGGGGGCCAGUCCGCCACCGGACCUUUCGUCCAGAACACAGAUGAGACGGGCUCGCCCAACGUCGGCGUCGCCAGCUGGCCCGUCACACGGUGGCCUGCUGCUCGCCGUCGCCGGCGUCGUCGCUGCCGUGCUGUAAAAACAGUCAAAGGAUUUCGCCGUUUGGCAAUAAAAUCAGUUGAGUGGCGAGGCAGCAUGAUGAGAGAAUGA